ACACAAGGGAGAAUCAGUUACAAAUAUCUUCAACUUUAUUGAUAUGGAAAACAUUCACUAGACGAUAAGGGACAUAUAUACCACAUAUCAUGAAUAUUAACCUCUAUACAACCAUCAAUUCGGUAUUAAGAUAUAGUUUAAAUUACGUGGAAUAUACAGUGAUAAUAUUCAUAAUCACACUUCAAGAAUUGUUCAUUUAUUGUAUAUACAUGCUGCCUCUUGUCCUGAGAUACGUAGCAUUUCAAACAUCAGAACAAUGGGAACAAGAAAAUUACUCUCUUCUUUUAUAGGGAAACUGUAAAGCCCUAGUUCCCAACAUUAAUUUUAUCAAAUUUUGAUCCAUUUUCCUAAGCAACCACUAUCUCUAAAGUUGUGAAAUUUGACACAAACGUAAUGAAAAUAUUUUCUGUAUCCACUGUUUUUUAACAUUUAUUUGUAAAUAUAUCCGUAAAAACAUUUCCUACGAAAACCGUUACUUAAAAAUGUGUUUAUAACCAAAUGAUUGCAAAAAUGAAUCUAUAGAUACAGAGAACACAAUACUACAUAUGCACCAAAUUCUAAAACCGCAGAGGUUAUAACGGCUUACAAAAAUUGCACCUAAAUUAACGUGUUGAAGACUGGGCUUAACAAUUUUCCCUUUGGCUAAUUUUCAUUUGAUCUAGAAAUUUCAAUAUGUUCGCAAUAGUUGAAAUUUAAAGUAUUUAUAGUAAAAAAUACAUUUUGACACAUAUCAAACAGGAAAAUUUCAAAUUCUCCUGUUAUUGUGAGCUAACAAGCUGCCAGUUCAGUUUGGACACCAUUUAAAUGAAAAUGCACAUAUUAAAACAAACGUCAAACCUACAACAUAACCUCAUUUUAAACAAAUAUUUUCUCUUGAAAUGUUUUCUUUAUGCAAAUAAAAUAUCACAUACCAAAACAUUCAACAUAAUUAUAUGACAACAUUAUUCAUAUGUGUAUUCGAAUGUAAAUCAAAGUACCUUCGACAUCAAAAUUAUUGCGCCUAAUUGCCGAUUUUUGCUCCCAAUAUAAAAGGCUAAAAAUUACGUAUAAAAAGAAAUGACAUUAUUAAACAAAUUAAUGAUAAAUCAAAACCUUGUAUAUGUACAGUACUAUUUGUAAUAUCACAGACUGCCCCCUGGCGGUACAAUAUUCAAACACGCUGUUACAUUGUUCAACACGAUAGGGGAAUACUAUUUUAAAAAAAAAAAUUAACUGCCAAUUUUAAUUGGGCUUCCUUCGGUCAUUAUAUUUAUAAUAAAAUACCCUUAAGAUUUAUUAAUUACAAUCAGUUUCAAAAUGUGAUCUAAACAGACCGUGAAACAUUCAAACGUGUCAACUGUAGAAAACGUUUUCCCUCAAACCUUUGGUCAAAUACGCUAUUAACACGCAACUCCAUAGUAAAAUUAAUCACAUUUAAUUUUCGCGAAUGUCGGUUGAUUUUACUAUAGAAUAUUUUUAGUGCAUCUUUAUGUAUAAAUAUAAGGUAACGUGCCCAGCUACAAAAAAAAAUAGUCACUCAUUCUGCACUGUUGCACAUUCAUUCAUACUAAUGACAAUAUUGCACUGACAGUAACAUCUAGAUCAUUAGAUAGAUGUCUUCUGGUGGGGCGACUUAUUUUUGUCUUUUUUCUUUCCCCGUCGAUAUUAAGAGAGAUUCAAGUCACAUAAAGUAAACACACAAACACAUUUUCAACUCCAGCUUUCUACAUGACGACGUACCCAAUAAUCAGUUUUCUUCAGCCCAGCAUUAAAGACGAACUGCGUGUUCAUGAACUAUGCACUGGAGCGGAAAAUUAACCCAGUACUUUUCUCCACGAACCGUGAACUGGUCUGUAGAACGUUCAGAUGUUUCGUGGAAGAAAUGGCGUUGUGCGGUGACAGAAUCAAAGGAACUGGGAUUUAUAUACAUGGAUAUUGUGUAUCUCGGAAAAUGGGAUAGGUUCCAUACAUAUUAGGAAUCCAUUAGUUUCCUUCUGCGGCAAAAGAAUGGUAACGGAACAUGAACUCGUCAUACUAUAAUACAUGACAGGUUAAAGGAAAUUCGUCUGCAUUUCAGACAAUGAAAAUCGUAACCUUACACUUCUUCAUCCUCCUCGACAAUGGGCAGAGAAGACUGAUGGAUAGUCGGUGAGCUCCUGGAGGUAAAAGCCAGCAUCCAGGAAUCCACAUCACGCGGUGAUUCGCUGAGAAACGUGAGACACAUCGGAGUAUCGAACCCACGCUGCCUCACCAUGAAGCCAGGUUGUUUUUCUCCAGGAAGCCUUUCAACGCACGUGUUCCUCAAGUUGAGAACUCCCAAAGGUCUGCAUACCUUCUUCUGCGGGUACAGCACAGCGAAAUGUUCUAAUGAUGUCCUGUACACUUUGACCUGAACGGACUGACAAUGUUUCCCAGGUCCAACGAGCGUCAUGCUUCCACUCAUGGUCUCCGGGUUCCAGCAGGUACUGUCAGUUGUUGGAUCCUGUAGGUAAGUACUACAUCCAGCCACAUUCACGUCUGCAGGCAUCUUGCUUCGGCUGUUUUAACUCCUUCACUUGAGACUCAGAAUGUUCAAUAACAAGUUAUUUGCAAGUGGGUCACACACAACUUGACUUCCUCUCUCUGCCGCUUUGAAGGUAAUCAAGUUAUACCACCGCCUGAGGCAAGAAAGCACUCACUGAGGAUGAAGACUCAAAGAGGAUCAAGACACGAGACACCACUCCUUCCUCUCACUACAGCCAACUUUCACAGACUGACUUGUAGCAGGCGCUCCUAGUUGGUUUUAUCGACGUGUACACGUCAAAUGCACGCAGCGCGCCAAGCCGCGUGUCGAGGAAACUAUCUGGCAAGUGGCCAUGCGCACUGCUGCCAGGGAAGUACCAGCUUCAGCAGAAUCGACACCUACAGCGCUGCUAUGCGGUACAGCGCAACGUUACGCAAAAUGCGAGGGCUGUCAUGGCUUGCAAAACGAUAUUAUUCGGAGCAGAUAUUCCCAAAAAUAACAACCCAUUACAGUAUAGUUCCAAGAGAAACAGACCCAAGAUGGAAAGAUGUGAAUAUGGAGAGGUUUGGAGAUGAGGCAGAUGUAUUGAUUGUUGGCGGUGGCCCAGCUGGUAUGUCCGCAGCCAUCAGAUUAAAACAGCUCGCUCAGCAGAAUUCCAAAGAAUUGAGGGUGUGCCUAGUAGAAAAAUCAGCUGAGAUAGGAGGUCACAUAUUAUCUGGUGCCUGUGUAGAUCCAGUUGCACUAAAUGAACUAAUUCCGGACUGGAAGGAUAAGGGUGCACCUCUGAACACUCCAGUCACAACGGACAGGUUCAGUAUACUUACAGAGACCUCGAGGAUACCUGUUCCCAUUCUCCCAGGUUUCCCUUUACGGAACCACGGAAACUAUGUGGUACGGCUUGGCCACGUUGUGAGGUGGCUGGGCGAACAAGCAGAAGCACUUGGUGUAGAGAUGUACCCAGGCUAUGCAGCCUCAGAAGUGCUGUAUCAUGAAGAUGGCAGUGUGAAAGGGGUUGCCACUAAUGACGUCGGUAUUGCCAAGGAUGGAUCUCCUAAGGAUAAUUUUGAGAGAGGUAUGGAGCUGCUUGCCAAAUGUACAAUAUUUGCGGAGGGUUGCCAUGGCCACCUAGCAAAACAGCUGUUCCAGAAGUUCAGUCUCCGAGAGAAGUGUGAGCCGCAGACCUAUGGUAUCGGACUGAAGGAAUUGUGGGAAGUGGAUCCCAGCAAGCACAGACCGGGCACUGUCGAACAUACCGUGGGCUGGCCUUUGGAUGCUCAUACAUAUGGAGGGUCAUUUUUGUACCAUUUAAAUGAGCCGACGCCCAUGAUUGCUGUUGGAUUUGCUAUAGGAUUGGAUUAUUCAAACCCAUAUAUAAGCCCUUUUAGAGAAUUUCAGAAAUUCAAACACCAUCCAUCAGUCAAACCUAUAUUUGAAGGAGGAAAGAGGAUAGCGUAUGGUGCCCGUGCUCUUAAUGAAGGUGGAUUCCAGUCAAUACCGAAGCUGACUUUUCCUGGAGGAUGUUUAGUUGGCUGCAGUGCUGGUUUUCUCAAUGUGCCAAAAAUCAAAGGAACACACAAUGCAAUGAAAAGUGGAAUGCUUGCUGCUGAAAGUGCCUUUGAAGCUCUUACCGAUGAGAAUUCAAAGUCUGAAACAUUAGGACUAGAACCAAAAAGUUAUGAAGAUAAAAUAAGGAACAGUUGGGUAUGGUCAGAGUUGAAGAGUAUCAGAAAUGUCCGUCCAUCAUUCCACAAUCCAUUUGGGCUCUAUGGAGGCCUUCUUUAUUCCGGCAUCACUAUGUUGAUCCGAGGAAAGGAGCCAUGGACACUCAGUCAUGGAGAUCCUGAUCAUAAAAGACUGAAACCUGCAUCUGAAUGCAAACCUAUAGAGUACCCAAAGCCUGAUGGUGUUAUCAGCUUUGACCUUCUGACCUCCGUGGCUCUGACCGGAACUAACCAUGAAGGUGACCAACCUCCUCAUCUCACACUUAAGGAUGAUACAGUUCCUGUCAAGAGAAACCUGGCUGUGUUCAAUGGACCAGAACAGAGGUUCUGCCCCGCUGGUGUGUACGAGUUCGUGCCACUUGAAGACACUUCCGGCCAGCGGUUACAGAUCAACGCUCAGAACUGCAUUCACUGUAAGACGUGUGACAUCAAGGACCCCAGCCAGAACAUUAACUGGGUGGUGCCAGAAGGUGGAGGGGGACCUGCCUACAACGGUAUGUAGAUUGUGGCCAGGGGAUGACGGGUCGCCUCUAGUGCCAGAUGUGCCGAAAAUAGGAGCCGUCGGAUUAUAAGUUUUGGGUAGGAUAACGCCUGCACCGAGGUUCUCAAGCGUUUGCCUCUUGCCUUCCACCGGCCAUUUUGUGAAGCACCAUUGACCCCCAUAGUAUAAACAUUAUUCCCUUUUUUCAAUAAGUGUGUGAUUUUUUUACAAUUAUGUACAUUCUAAUGACCGCCUCUGUGGUCUAGUGGUAAGAGUUCCUGGCUACAGACCCAGAGGUCCCGGGUUCGAUUCCCCGGCGCUACCAGAUUUUUUUGAGAAGUAGUGGGUCUUGAACGGGGGCCACUCAGCCUCGUGAUAAUUGAGGCGCUAUUUAAAGGACACAGCGGCUCCGGUCUAGAAAACCGAGAUUAACGCCCGUGGGGAUUCGUUACGCUGACCACGUGACAUCCUCUAUC